UUAUCCUUUUUAUUCAUCUCUAGAACAUGGACUUCGCCCGCCUCUGGCUAGGGCUGCUGCUGCCCUUGGUGGCCGCGCUGGAUUUCAGCUACCACCACCAGGAAGAGAUGGAAACGUUCUUGAAGAAUGUUGCCCAAAACUACAGUUCUAUCACUCACUUACACAGUAUUGGGAAGUCUGUGAAAGGCAGAAACCUGUGGGUUCUUGUCGUGGGACGCUCACCAAAGGAACACAGAAUCGGGAUUCCAGAGUUCAAGUACGUGGCGAAUAUGCACGGAGAUGAGACUGUAGGGCGGGAACUGCUGCUCCAUUUAAUUGACUAUCUCAUAACCAACGAUGGAAAAGACUUUGAAAUCACCCGUUUAAUCAAUAGUACCCGGAUACACAUCAUGCCUUCAAUGAACCCAGAUGGAUUCGAAGCUGUCAAAAAGCCUGACUGUUUUUACACUAAUGGAAGGGAAAAUAAUAACUUCUAUGACCUGAAUAGAAAUUUCCCCGAUGCUUUUGAAUUUAAUAAUGAAUCAAGGCAGCCUGAAACUGUGGCGAUCAUGGAGUGGCUGAAAACAGAGACGUUCGUCCUCUCGGCAAACCUCCAUGGCGGUGCCCUGGUGGCCAGUUACCCUUUCGAUAACGGUGUUUCAGCAACGGGGACGUUACACUCCCGGAGCUUGACCCCCGAUGAUGAUGUCUUUCAAUAUCUUGCAAAUGCCUACGCCUCAAAAAAUGUCAACAUGAAGAAAGGAGAUCAGUGUAAAAACAAAAUGAACUUCCCGAACGGGAUUACAAAUGGGUACUCUUGGUAUCCUCUCAAAGGUGGAAUGCAGGAUUAUAACUACAUCUGGGCCCAGUGCUUUGAAAUUACGUUGGAGCUGUCAUGCUGUAAAUAUCCUCGCGAGGAGAAGCUUCCGUUCUUCUGGGAUUCCAACAAAGCCUCGCUGAUUGAAUACAUAAAACAGGUGCACCUAGGUAUAAAGGGUCAAGUUUUUGAUCAAAAGGGAAAUCCAUUACCCAAUGUAAUUGUAGAAGUCCAAGACAGAAAACAUAUCUGCCCCUAUAAAACCAACAAAUUUGGAGAGUAUUACCUCCUUCUCUUGCCUGGCUCAUAUACGUUAAAUGUUACAGUCCCUGGACAAGAGCCACACCUCACAAAGGUGAUUAUCCCAAAAAAAACCCAGGACUUCAGUGCUCUUAAAAAGGAUAUUGUAUUUCCACUCAGAGGGCAAUUGGAUUCUACCCUAGUAUCAAAUCCUUCAUGUCCUAUGAUUCCUCUGUACAGUAUUUUGCCAAGCCACUCAACCGCAACAAAGCCUAGCCUGUUUUUACUCUUAGUGACUCUUUUUCACAUAUUGUUCAAAUAAAGCAAAAUGUGAAACUCAACCCCAUCACCACCUGGAAUCAGGGAUUACACAUGCCAGGUUACUGCAAACUAACUCCCUCUGUGAGACAACUGGCCAAACGCCACCGUCCUUCCCUAAGAAGACAAAUGGUUAAAUCCUGUAACGAGAAAUGUGUGGUGAUAAUGAAAGAAAUGAUUUAGUUUUGAUGAUGAAUAGAAGACACCCACCUAUCAAGUACUGCCCACUUACACUUCAUUUUAAAGUCAUCUUAGAAAUUUGUAAGAAGUUAAACUUGAGGAGCAAAAAUGAAGCUCCUGCAAGAAGAAGAAGAAAAAAAAGAAGCUAAUUCUGGAUACAGAGAGACAGAUGAAUAUAAGCAAUGAACAUGAACAUUUAUUGAACACCUAUCAUAUACAAGACCUUGCUAUGAGUGCUAUAUAUGAAGAGAUAGUGCCAUAUAUCGUUAGUUCUCAGGACAGGGAAAAAUGAUAACAAGACUGGGAAUAUUUUGCUUUGCAAAUGCUCUAAGGAAAUAUGAGAGAAAAUAGGCAGCCAUGUCUCAGUGGCCCCAGAAAAUAUGGGCCUAAUAGGAUGAUAAGGUGUUGCUUACAGAGUCCCAAAAAUAUGGUCAUUUAAGUGUCCCUGCCGUUCUGCACCUGGAUGCCACAGUCCUGUCAUGCUGAUAACCCCCAAAUGUGUAAUUCUAGCCUCUUGCCUGAGCUUCAGACUCACAUCCAACUGCCCACUGGAUAUAUAUCCACCUGGAUGUGAACAGAGGUACCUCAAACUCAUGCGAAAAUGGAACAUACUUUUCUCCCUAGAGCUGCUCUUCCUCCUGUAUCCUGUCUCAAUUCCUGGUACCACCAAACCUGGGAGUUCUCCUUGAUACUUCUUCCUCCUCUGUCAUCCCAUAUAUUCCAUCAAUCACUAAAGACUAUAAUUAUCGAUUCUACCCUCCCUCCAGGACUACUAACACUGCCAAGUUCCGGCCGUCACAGCUCACCUGCACCACUGCAACAGCUGUACCGUCAGCUUCCUCCUCUUCAGAUCCAUCCUCCACAUGGCACUGGGGAAGGGGGUCUCUUUGAAACAAAAGCCAACAACCUACUGACACCUAAUGUCCUGCUGUGUCCCGGUGCCUGGAAUGCCAUUCUGACCCACUUUUUCUUUCUUCCUCCUUCUUUUACAACUCGGUUCAGGCAUCGACUCCUCCAGGAAGCCUUUGCUGACCAUCAUUCCAUUCCUUUCCAUCUCACCUCCUCCCAGUCAAUCUGGGAACCCUCCUCUUUGCUCCCCAAAUAGAACAGGUUACCUCUACUAUUGGAUUUACAACACUGUGUUAUCAUCUUCUACUUCCAGGUACGAGUUUUCUCUAGUAGAGUGAGCUCUUUGGGACCGAGGGGCUAAUUUGUUUGAAAAAUGCAUUUUUAUAUCCUCAGAGAACAUAUUAGAAAUUGAAUGAAUGAACAAAGGUUUCCAGCAAUCUGCUACUCCCAGUCUCUCCCAGAAACUGUAUAGGGCUUUGAGUUAAACUAGAUCCCAUGCUUUGGCGAUUUCUGGUUCCUAGUAAUGCUGACAGAAGAGUGUUUUCAUGUAUGUAUCAAGAAAUAAAUUCAAAUACGGUGCUUUUACUGGACUUUGCAUUUAUCCUAAGCUUCAUAGUAAAAGUAUGUUACCUAUUAACUCUAAGGCUACCUUUUUUAUUAUUGGAAAACAAAAUUUUUAUCAUUAGUACUCAAUAUGAAGCAUUUAUUCUCCACUAUAAUGACAGUUAACCUAACUUAAAACAUUAUAUAAGGGGAAGUAUCAAACAGAAAAUGAAACUAUACUUGGCUUGGAACAUGGUGAAUGCUUGAGAACCAUACAUGAAUGGGAGAUACAUGGGCAUUUAGGACCUAUUCUUGUGCCAAGCUUAUUCUGUCUAUACAAAAUCAUACAUGUUUAAUAUAAACAAAAUUUAUAAUCUUUUACUCACUUCUUUAAAAUCUGGCAAUAACCUAAAUAUCUUGAUCAUUUUUAUUUAAAUAAACCAUAACUUAUUAUACUUGAAAGCAUAUGUUAAUAUAUUACAGAAACUGAUUUGGUAUAUUACAUAUAAAAGUAUAUGAAAUUUGGCUUGAUUUGCCAUUAAGCCCUAAAGAAUUUUUCAAGCGGGCAUUCUGAGUUCUAACUUUUCCUUUCCCAAGACAGCAAAUUUUUUGCCUUUUUAAUCUUAUUUUUUACUCUUUUAUUGUUAAUUUUUAAAUUAAAUUUAUUAGGGUAACAUUGAUUAACAAAAUUAUGGUAGCAAUUUUUGAAGAAACAUGAACCAAAAUCUGAAUUGGUUCAUGAGCCAUAAUGUUAAGGAAAUGUUUUUAAAAUCAGAAAUUUU